AUGGUAUCAUCAAUCUACAUCCUUGUUGUAGCUGUGGUCGCCUACGGUGUCUACUCCUGCUUCACCGGCCUCCAGCGCAACAUAGCCGAAGCGAAGAAGGUCGGCUUGCCAUAUGUCGUAACUCUAUGGCAGCUCACCCAUAAGUUCUGGAUUCCCAUCAUCAAGACCUUUCCCAAGUCUUGGUGGGAAAACUGGCUCGAUCUCCUCGUGCCGAACUGGUCCUACAACCAACUCCACAAACCAUUUGCGCGCAUCGGCGAGACCUUUAUGAUCGUGUCGCCCUUCCAAAUCCUCAUCGUGACCGACAGCGCCGAAGCCAUCCACCAGAUCACGCAACAGCGCGAGAAGUUCCCCAAGCUGGUCGAGUCGUACGCGAUCCUGAAACAGUUUGGUGACAAUGUCCUGACUACCGAGGGCGCCGUGUGGCGUAUGCACCGAAAGGUCACCUCCGCCGCCUUCAACGAGAAGAACGCCGCCCUUGUCUUUGCCGAGUCCAUCAAGCAGUCGCAGAGCAUGAUCCAAAAGUGGCUCGGCCCGGACGGAAAGAGCAGACAGACCGUCGAGACGCUGGAUCACGAUACCAUGCGCCUGGCGCUCAACAUCAUCAGCUACGUCGGAUUCGGCAUGCGCCUGCUCUGGCCGGGGCAGGCACUCCCUGAGGGCACGGAUCCGAAACUCACAAAGUACAGCUCGCUCGAGGCCUCCCAUGGCCACACGAUGAGCUUUGGCGAUGCCCUUGCCGAGAUGUUGGAACACAUCCUGGUUCUGUUGCUGGUGCCGCACAAGAUUCUGAAGAUGCUUCCCUUCAAGUAUACAAAGAAGGCGGUGGAUUCGCACGAUAAUUACGUGCAGUACAUUGACGAGCUGAUGCAGGACAAGAUCGAAGAUCUGCAGAACGGCGACCACGGGGACGCCGGCAUGGAUCUCAUGGGCCAGCUCGUGAGGUCAAAGUACGGUAACAGGGCGGCGAACAGCGGCGCCAACGGGGUCAUGUCCAAGGGCAAGGAAUCCAAGAUCCCGCAGCUGUCCAAGUCGGAGAUCUCGGGCAACGCUUUCAUCAUGCUUGUCGCGGGCCACGAGACGACGGCGAACGCGAUGCACUUUGGGCUGAUCGAGAUCGCCUGCAAUCCGGCGGUACAGAGGCAGCUCCAGAAGGAUAUCGACAGCAUCUUUGGUGACACCGACCCGAGCGAGUGGAAUUACGAGAGCACAGUGAACCCCAUGCUUGCCUCGAUGCUAGGCGCCUGUAUGAACGAGACGCUGCGAAUGACGCCGGCUGUGGUUGAGAUCCCCAAGAAGGUGAACCCCGAGAGUGACGGCAUCAUCUCGCUCGACGGUGAGAAGUACGCCCUGCCCAAGGGGGCGCACAUCUCCAUUGUAGGCGUGGCGGCACACCGCAACCCGCGCAACUGGCCAUCGAAGCCGAGCAAGGUCACAGGCGCUGACCACGACCUCGACGACUUCGCGCCGGAGCGGUGGUACCGCGCCAGCCUGAACGCGGCGCAGACCGAGGACAAGAGUGGCGACACGGAGGACUACGGCGGGUACAAGGGCUCAGACACGAGCGAGAAGAUGUUUCGGCCGGUGCGGGGAUCGUACGUCCCCUUUUCCGAUGGCCCGCGGUCGUGCCUCGGGCGGCGCAUCGCGCAGGUGGAGAUCAUUGCCGCCUUGUCGGUCGUGUUCCAGCGGUACAGCCUCGAGCUGGCAGUAGACGAGUGGGCGUCGGACGCCGAGGUCGAAGCCAUGGGCCGGGCGGAGCGACAGAAGCUGUACAAGAAGGCACAGGACAAGUGUCGGGAGACGGUCAAGAAGGCAACAACCAUGCUGACGCUGAAGCUGCCGCAAGGGAUGAGUGUCCCGGUCCGGGUUGUGCCGAGAGGGGAGGAGAGGUUUGUCAACUUUGUUGAUUCUGCUUAG